AUAGACAAUACUAGACGAACUGAUUUUAAUACUGAAACUCAAACAGAAUAUGUAAAAGUAGGGUAUUUUAAAGGAACAAAUAUAGCAACUGAUGGGGCUUUUGACACUUGUAGUGAUUGGGCUGCUUCUCGGUACCAGCUUUGUAGCAUCUAGUGCAGAUUCUAACGUGAAAGUAAAGUGCAAUGGAACGCACAUGGAGGUACAAUURACACAUUCAUACAUCUCUGGUCGUGACUCACGAAACCUUCACCUGAACGACCCUGCAUGCAGAGCAACGGCAACAUCGAAUGUCGUUUCUCUACGAACAGCUCUGAACGCGUGUGGCACUAAAUACAAGAACUACACUGAUACUUUGGAGUUUGAAAAUGAGGUAAAGGAUGAUCAAAAAUACGUAGAUCCAAAUAAAGAGAUCACACGUCAAACCACGAUCCUGUUACGUAUUUACUGCAAGUACGCAAGAGGGCAAUACGUUGGYGUUAGCUACGAAUGGAGGACAACAACGCCAGCACCUACGAAAACAUCCGCUGCCAACAACCAUAAAGUCACUUGSACCAAAGGAUUCUGGGUAUUUGUGGUCAUCAGCUUGUCCUUGGCUCUCAUUCUGAKUGAAUAUCAGCUGUAGCCAAGGGUAUCAUGAGCUGAGGGUUUCAUCUCUUUGCGUAUGCCCUAAUAGGUACAUUCUGAGGAGGUUGAAAGGGGCACAACUAAAUAUUUCAAGUUUGCAAUUCACUGUACACAUGGAGGCAAAACUUUUUGGCAUCCUAGUUUUAUUUUUUUUCGCGAGAGCUGUUCGGAUACAGUUAAAUAACUCGUAGACUACAACUAGUGACCGUCUUUAGUCCCUUUAGGCGGACGAAGGUGUUUUAUAGUUCAGUCUCCCUUGCAGCCGAUGUAAGCGUCUGAUCGAUAACCGGCUGUGUGAAUACACACACCGGCUCACACCAAAUCAAAAUCAAACGUGCAGACUGCACACACUUCUCACUUGGUGUUUGUACUAAAUAACUAUAAUCAACACACGAGUCAUUCUUUUAGUAUAUCAUAUUUAUAUA